UGCAUUGACUCCGAAGGCUGAUGCGCUGCAUUUGGCUGGCCUGAUGCGUCUGAAAAAUAGAAAAAUUAUCCUAAUCGAAUUGGGGAAGUACUUCCCCCAAAUCAACGAUCUAAUCGGACGAGAAGCCCCAGUACAGUUAAUGCAUUUCAAUGCAUACUAUAUAUGCUGUGUCGAAUGCGAUGGCACGCGAUUCGUUCAUUUGUCGGUGACUACUUGGUCCCCAGUGCAGGCAGAUAUCUUCUUUAAUUGCAAAGAAAGUCAAAGUACGCCAUUUUCCAUAUUUUACAGGGUCUUUCUCGACCCUUCUUAAAUAAUCGCUUCGCUCUUAUAAUAGUCACUAAUGUGAAAUUUUAAAAGAAACAGCUUAGAUUUCUUUGAAAAUUUAUUUGGCCUAGCUCAAUCAAUCGAUACAUUUUGUUUCCUUUGCUCCUCGGCAGCAGACAAAAAUAGAUACAGCCAUCUGAUUGUGAGAUAACCAGUUCAAUUAGUGAAAGUCAGAGUCGCGGCAUUUGCUUUAUGCAACUCCAUUUUAUCGACCAAACAAGACGUCCGCCACAGCAGCGCCGUUUAAAAAUCCCGCCCAAAAUUCAGUGUUGUCAAACGCAACACCGAAACGCGACUAGGUGGCAACGCGGUGGCGGCAUGUUUUCUUGUUUUCGCAAUGUGCAUGCGGCGUUGAAUCUCCUGAAACGUGCUGGAAAUUGUGCCGAAAAUGAGCGCGCUUAGCAGCAAACUGCUCCUGAAACGGAUGCCCUGCACCCUGGAGGAACUGGCGCAGCUGAUCCACGAGUGCAAGCUCAUCCUGCCGCGCUCACUGAACACCUACGGCCGGAAAAGGGUGCUCCUCGAGUACAGCGAUCCGGAGGAGGCGGAAAGAGCGCUGGAGCAGCUGCAAGGACUCAGCGAAACGCUGGACAAGCCGCUGUGCAUCAGUGUCUUUGGACCGCGGCCCACUGCCGGAGCCGGAGCCAGUGCCCACAAAUCCACACAGACAAAGGCAGCGGGCAAUGGAAGCCCGGCAUCUUCUGGCCUUCCGGAUAUCGACAAGUACGUUCGUAGGCUAUACGCCUGCAAUAAUCAGUGCGACUUCACACAGCCGCCGCCGCCAUAUCUCAGCUAUAGCUAUCCACCCAUAAACGGGGAAAUCCUAGCCAGAAUCGGUCAGCAACUGCAGACAAACUCACACUUCUAUAACCAAGUUUUGCAUCUGAUGAAUCGCAUGAAUCUGGCGCCACCUUUUGAAAAGCGUCCCGAUGGACUGAUGGUUCAGUUGCAUCUGCGGCAUGUGGGCACUCAAACCGAGUCCAUACCCAGCGAAUCGGAAAGCGAGUUAGAGAGCGACGACGAGGAGCAAAAGCUGGCAAAAAGACAGCGAUUGCUGCCACCUCCGUCGAGCGAUGAAGCCCGUGCCAAGAUUCUCAAGAGAACCCGCCAAAUGCUACAGCAAGCUGCCCAUCUAGCUAGUCACACUAAUCCCAAACGGACGGUUGAAAAACUCUCUUUUGACGCACCCAAAAUCGAGAUGAAACUGCACGAAUUCCUAAUACCAUCCGCGUUAAAUCAGAAAAGUCGUGCAUCCACAUCAAAUCCAGAAAGUCGUGCAUCCACAUCAAAGCCAGAAAGGCGUCUGUCCACCAGUGAGCUCGAAGCUCUGCCUGUGUAUAAGAACUACAAGACCGGCGAUCCCAGCAACAAGUUGUACAUUAAGAAUCUGGAGAAGAGUGUGGAUGAACAGCAACUGAGGGAACUCUAUGCCAAGUACACUGCCCCGAGUAAUUUGGACAUCAAGGUCAUGCAGCAGGGUCGCAUGAAGGGGCAGGCUUUCGUGACCUUCAUCGAAGGCAACAAUCCGGAGAUUAUAGCCCAAGCCCUAAGCGAAACCAAUGGACUUUUGUGGCACGACAAACCCAUGAUCGUCUGCUACGGCAAACAGCAAUAGGAGCAGUGAAGAGAUCUGGGAGAAGACAACUGGGCCUGAUCGAUACCAUAUACGUCGACGGUGCUCGCCCAGAACCAGAUAACGAUCCCGAGGAGUCGCUCAACGAGGACGAAGUCACAGCAGCCAACACAGUGCCCGUUAAAAGCAAGAAGUCACG